CGGGCUGCGCAAACACUGGAGGUCAAGGAUUGUGCUUUGCCCGCCCCGCCGGGGAUAAAGGGGCGCCGGGCGCAGGGAGGCGGCGCAGAAGCGGGUCGUUCUGUCGCUGCUCCACGCUGCAGUCCUGGGAAGAUGAGGCUCGCGGUGCGCACCCUGCUGGCCUGCGCGGUCCUGGGGCUUUGUCUGGCUGUCCCCGAUAAAACUGUGAGGUGGUGCACCAUCUCAAAUCAUGAGGCCAGUAAGUGCUCCAGUUUCCGUGACAGUAUGGAAAAAAUCCUACCUGAGGCUGGCCCUCAUGUCACCUGUGUGAAGAGAACCUCCUACCUUGAGUGCAUCAAGGCCAUCAUGGCAAAUGAAGCUGAUGCUGUGACACUGGAUGCAGGUUUGGUGUAUGAGGCUGGCCUGGCUCCCUACAACCUGAAGCCAGUAGUGGCAGAGUUCUAUGCAAAAGAAAAUCCACAAACCCGCUAUUAUGCUGUGGCCGUGGUGAAGAAGGGCAGCGGCUUCCAGCUGAACCAGCUUCAAGGCAAGAAGUCCUGCCACACAGGCCUGGGCAGGUCCGCUGGGUGGAACAUCCCCAUGGGCGUACUUUAUUGGGACUUGCCUGAGCCACAGGAAAAUCUUCAGAAAGCAGCGUCCAACUUCUUCGCGGGCAGCUGUGUUCCCUGUGCGGAUCGGACAGCCUUCCCCAAACUGUGUCAACUGUGUGCGGGGAAAGGGACAGACAAGUGUGCCUGCUCCAACCACGAACCGUACUUUGGCUACUCGGGUGCCUUCAAGUGUCUGCAGGAUGAUGUUGGGGAUGUGGCCUUCGUCAAGCACUUGACGGUAUUGGAUGACCUGACACAGAAGGCUGAGAGGGACCAGUAUGAGCUGCUCUGCCAGGACAACACCCGAAAGCCAGUGGACAGAUAUGAGGACUGCAACCUGGCCCAGGUUCCUUCUCAUGCUGUUGUGGCCCGAAGUGUGGGUGGCAAAGAGGAUUUGAUCUGGGAGCUUCUCAACCAGGCCCAGGAACAUUAUGGCAAAGAUAAAUCUGAAGGCUUCCAGCUCUUCAGCUCCCCUCAUGGCAAGGACCUGCUGUUUAAGGACUCUGCCCAGGGGUUUUUAAAGAUUCCCCCUAAGAUGGACUCCUGGAUGUACCUUGGAUUUCAGUAUGUCACUGCUCUUAGGAAUCUUAGAGAAGAGACACACCGAGAUACCGCAAAGAAUGUAUGCAAGAAGGUGAAGUGGUGUGCAAUAGGCCACAUGGAGAGGGUCAAGUGUGAUGAGUGGAGCAUAAACAGUGACGGGAGUAUAGAGUGUGAAACAGCAGAGACCACCGAGGACUGCAUUGCCAAGAUCAUGAAAGGAGAAGCUGAUGCCAUGAGCUUGGAUGGAGGCUUCAUCUACAUAGCGGGAAAGUGUGGUCUGGUUCCAGUCUUAGCAGAGAACUACAAAACUAACAACUCUGAUUGUAAAAACACACCAGAAAAAGGGUAUUUCGCUGUGGCUGUGGUUAAGUCAUCAUCAUCAGAUGACCUCACCUGGAACACUCUGGAAGGCAAGAAGUCCUGUCACACCGCGGUAGAUAGAACCGCGGGUUGGAAUAUCCCCAUGGGCUUGCUCUAUAGCAAGAUCAACCACUGUGAAUUCGAUAAAAUUUUCAGUCAAGGCUGUGCCCCGGGGUAUGAUCGCAGUUCCAAUCUCUGUGCUCUGUGUAUUGGCUCAGCAAGUGGUCCAGGAAAGGAGUGUGAACCCAACAACAACGAGAGAUAUUAUGGCUACACGGGGGCUCUCAGGUGCCUGGUCGAGAAAGGAGACGUGGCCUUUGUGAAAGACCAGACUGUCUUCCAGAACACUGGGGGAAAAAACAGAGAAGAUUGGGCUAAGACUCUACCGCAGGACUACUUUCAGCUGCUGUGCCUCGAUGGCACCAGGAAGCCUGUGACUGAAGCAGCGACCUGCCACCUAGCCCGAGCUCCAAAUCAUGCUGUGGUCUCAAGAGAAGAUAAGGCAGACUGCGUUAGGCAGAUAUUACUUGAACAGCAGCUCCAGUAUGGAAAAAAUGGAAGUACAUGCUCCGGCAACUUUUGUUUGUUCCAAUCUCAAACAAAGGACCUCCUGUUCAGGGACGAUACAUUAUGUUUGGCUGAACUUCCGGACAAAGUAACGUAUGAAUCCUAUUUAGGAGCGGAGUAUGUCACAGCUGUGGGUAACCUGAGACAAUGUUCAACUUCAAAACUCCUGGAAGCCUGCACCUUCCACAGAGCUUAAAAUCCAAGAGGGGGGUCCACCACCAGGUGAAGAUGGGAGCUCAUGUGACCCACAAACUUCCCCCGGUCUCACUGGCCUGAGUGGUUUGGCUGCCUUCAUGUUCAAUGUUGCCACCUGUGCAGGAAAUAAAAUAAAAAUUAUUAUUGGUUUUA